AUGCCAGAUGUUACGGCUGCGGUGCCUAGGCGCGCCGAGGUGCCAGCACACUCCGAAAAAUCUAUAAUUAUAGAGACGGAAAAGACUUUAGAGCACGUGCUGCCGCCAAUCGUGUCCCUUUUUCCAUUUCUUCCCGAAAUAUACACCGAAAAAGCCGCACCCUUAAUACGAGAAGGAUCGGAAGAGAAACUGGUUUCAUCUAUGUUCCAGAUAAGGUCAGAGCAUUCACUGAGUUUAGGGGACAAAGCCGAAGGUAGGAACCCAUUCUUCUCCAAGCUCAUCUCUAGUCUUCUCAAAGGGUCCUCACUAUCAUUGGACUCCUCUUGGUGCUGGAUGCGACCACUACCGGGGGAACCUCGAGGGGAGAUCAUCGUACUAUCUCCUUUAACUGGUGUUGCAGCGGAGUCUACAGUAGAGGAAAUCAACGGCUUAUGUUCGUUGUACACAGGAAUAGUGGAUGCAUGGUAUGCCAUGUUGCUGCGGAUGACUGGUGUUGAGUAA